AAUUUUUUUCAUUCAUUUUCACUUAAGAUUUUAAGCAGUAAUUUCUUUGCAAAUAUCUUAUUUACAAUCCAUUUAGAAGACGUAAGCCGAGCAAGAUAAAACAUUUUGAUUUUGGCCUAGCAAUCAGACUAAUUAUUUUCUAAAAGGCAACGCUGUUUCCUUUCGAAAACAUCCGUGGCUUACAAUGUCAACCAACAAGAAGAAGACCAGGAAGCUUCGUGGCCAAGUGAGCCAUGGCCAUGGCCGCAUUGGCAAGCACAGGAAGCACCCGGGAGGUCGCGGUAACGCCGGUGGCCAGCACCACCACCGCAUCAACUUCGACAAGUACCAUCCCGGCUACUUCGGAAAGGUUGGCAUGCGUGACUUCCACGUGCACAAGAACCGCAAGUUCCGGCCGGCCAUCAACCUGGACAAGGUGUGGUCUCUGGUCUCUGAGGACACGCGCGACCACUUCGCCAAGCACCAGGAGAAGGCGCCCGUCAUUGACGUCGUCAAGGCCGGCUACUACAAGGUGCUGGGUAAGGGCCUGCUGCCCAAGCAGCCGGUCAUCGUCAAGGCCAAGUUCUUCUCCCGUCUGGCCGAGGAGAAGAUCAAGAAGGUGGGCGGCUGCUGUGUGUUGACAGCGUAGCGCGGUGGUCAAACAAUACAAACAAGCGACGCGAC